ACCAGUCGCAUAGUUGGCUGCCAACCAAGCGCUAGACGUGGAAGACUGCGCACACACGCACUCACACACGGUGGUGUCGCAACAGCAUGCCGACUACUGCAACUGAGCAGACUAACUAUACAGUGUGAGACGUUGGUUUUGCGUCGUAGAGACACGUGUUUCCCACGCAGACACGAAAGAGUUACUCGCCCGAGUGUGCCAAACUAAGACGGGAGAAGGUGGCAGAGCACCCAGUGCGCCGGGCUCGGGAGAAUUCGUGGCUCCGGCGUUUACUCGCUGAUCGCAACAUUUCUGUUUGGUCGCCAUUAGCGGCUGAACAAGAGCGCCAACCGUUUCGCUCUCGCGUGUUGAUUCUCUCGCGACGCCUGCUUUAUUGUCGCGAGCCGCCGCACGGCUUGCUUUGCGUGAAACUAUGCGUGGCACUAUGCCCCGCGCAAUAGCUGAGACAAGGCGCGGGCACUUCUAACGCGUGCCAAGCAGUCCUGACUACAAUAGCUCCAUAACGGGUUGCGCGCGCUCAGAUAGGACUGAGUGGACUCACGUUCGCCCACAGUAAGCGGGGCAGCGCACGCGAGAGGACACGGAGCAGCUAGUUUGCGUGCACCCGCGAGGUAAAAGACAGAACGCGAGUGUUCGGGAAAGAGAGAAAGAGCGAGAGUCAGCCUAGAGCACAUCUGAGACCGCGUGCUUCUAGAACAACUUAAACAUCGUCGCCGAGUCGUUAAAGCUUCUAGCCUGGGACUCUCUCCGUUAAACCCUGCCCCGCCUGCAGCCGCAUUGUUUGUGUGCCGGUGGCGCGCCACGACGUGUUUCAGCCUCUCUCGCCAUCGUCCAUACCCCGUGAGCAGCGCAAGCCAGCCGCUGGCGUGGCACACACUUGACCGUAGCGACCGGCGCCCUUGGUAUCGGACGCAGCAACAGCAGCUGCGGCAGAGAAGGGGAGAGCGCGCGCGCCGUGUACUGUCAGCGAGCGUUCGCGUCGGUGUCUCUCACAGACGAUAUUGUGAUUGCCGCAUGUCUGCGGCCCGAUUCGGAUUGAACACGGCUCGAAGAUCGUUGGAAGUUCGUAUGAGAUCAUUAUGAUCAUCAUCUGAGUGGUGAGAAUGCUGUGACCGAUUUGUGAGCCAAACUAUGGGUGUAGGAGCUGCAAGCAGACAUGAAUCAUUUUUUAAGAAAUAUCUGGAUGACGGACAAGCGCUCGGACAGCUUUAAGCUUGCGGUGCAGCAGGCGGAUGGAGACGCCUGCAGCGUGAACGAGUACAGGUGUGUCAAGCGCGACCCGGACACGUGCUUCAUGCGCAUGGUGCGCAAGAUCGGGCGGGAGUUCCUCACAAGUGAGAUGGAUCGGCGGUACUACGCCGACCACUACACGUGCUGCCCGCCGCCGCUCUUCAUCAUCUCCGUCACGUUAUUAGAGUUAGGGUUUUUUGCAUAUUAUGCCAUUAUGGCAGGGGAGGUAACAACAACGGGUCCAGUUCCAAUAGACAACAUAUUCAUAUACCGACCGGAUAGGCGGAUAGAGCUCUGGAGAUUCAUCUUCUACAUGGUAUUACAUGCAGGAUGGAUUCAUUUGCUGUUUAACCUGAUGGUACAGCUACUAGUCGGCCUGCCGCUGGAGAUGGUGCACGGGUCAUUCCGCAUCAGCAUCAUCUACCUGGCCGGGGUUCUUGCAGGUUCACUGGGGACGUCUGUGUUUGAUCGAGACGUCUACCUAGUUGGAGCUUCAGGUGGAGUCUAUGCCUUACUAGCUGCACACUUAGCAAAUAUUUUACUAAAUUAUUCAGAGAUGGAGUUAGGGAUAAUAAGAUUAAUAGGAAUCCUUGUGAUAGAUAUUUUGCUUAAUUAUUCAGAGAUGGAGUUAGGGAUAAUAAGAUUAAUAGGAAUCCUUGUGAUAGCAAGUGCAGACGUCGGCUUCGCCAUCUGGGGGCGCUACGCGGCGGAGGAGAACGGUCCGCCUGUUGCAUAUGUCGCGCACCUGACGGGUGCGUUGGCAGGCCUCACGAUAGGCCUGCUCGUGCUGAAGAACUUUGAGCAGAAGUUGCACGACCAGAUCGUCUGGUGGGCGUCGCUCGGCGUCUACGCGGCGUGCACGGUCUUCGCCGUCCUCUGGAACGUCUUCUACAUCUGACAUGAGGCCGGACCUCUUAACUGCGAAGUUUGCGUCGGCCUGCAUGUGCAUCGUGAGUUCGUGCUCGACCUAGCGCGUCGGCACUUCUCCGAGACAGAGGUGCUCGAGCUGUUCUGCGAGAUGGACACGUUCGUCGAAUGCGCGCAGUACAUCACGACUCUGCGGUAGGGAUGCGGAGGGGACGCGGCGCCCAUCUACGUGGCGGGCGGCGCGCCCGGAGCGCGCUGACGACGUGAUGCAAGCCGACAGCGAGACACAAUGUGAUACUUCCGAGACGGGUGCCACGGUGCCUCAUCAAGAUUGGCUGAGACCACGACUCGGCACCGGGGCACCCCGCCCGGAACAGCAACGAGGCAAAUUUCACACUUAAGAGGUUCGCGAUACCCGGAAAAAGAGAUAUAUUAUACAUACAUGAUCCACGUCUUUGAUCUCUGAGACUUUGUACAGCUUGGUAGAGGCUUCUCUGUUGUAGCGUGACGCGUGUGUGACGAGGCACUUUAGGUGACAGCAAUAGUGAUCGCGGUAGUAGUCUAGACGUUGCCAGUGCACAGCAAUUUGGGCAGACGCUCACUAGGUGGAAGCACUAGGUGCGCAUCGUGUCCAAUUUUCGAUACCUCAAAACUCCAGAACUGUGAAGGCAAGCGAUUUUGCGUUUUGUAAGAAGAACAAACGAAGGAUUAAUUUUAAACUAUAGCUUUUAUAACGUAGUCGUGUCAAAAAUAACGUCAAGCAAUCUAUGUUUAGUCACUUUCGUAAGCCCACAGCUGACAUAUCACGUUUUGUACUGUAAAACAUUCAAUACAGAAGGUUUUCAAUGUGCCCCCCACCCACGGUUGGCUGUGCUGAUGUUGUAAAGCACUAUCUGUCGUUCCUAUGGUAUUAAAAUGGUUUCUAUACAACUACAAUAGACGUCACUCGAUGUGUUGUGUCUAUUCAGGAAACACUGUUUUUUGGUAUAUUUAAAUUCUCGUCAGGGUAUGUCUGUGUAUAGUUUGUGAAAUGUACGAUGUGUUGUUUUGGUGGAUUGCGAAUUCAUGCCAGAUAGUUUAGCGUUAUAGCCGUUUCCUGAUGAUUCGUAGGUGAAUGCUACUCUUCUUUUAAGGGGAAGACUGGCGCGAGUUUUGUACAUAUGAAACUAUCCUGCUGCCUAGUGCAGCUAGAGCUAGCACUUAUGGUCAUGGCGGGAUGUUUGUACAUAUGCGAUUUUAUGUAUGGAUUCUAUUGACGAACGAAUAGCAGUUAUAUUAUGUAGUACAAUCAAUUUAUUUAAGAGUUAAUAUAUUCUGCAUACAUUUCGGUAGCCGAGGAUAACUAUUGAUCGAGGGAAAUGUGUGACUUAGUCAGCGCUGUGACACCACAGUUGGUGAAAUCGGCACCAUUUCAUGUCUGCUGCUCUGACAGACAUUUCCCUUAGCAAAACCCAGGAAUACACCGUAGAGCCAAAGAUUGCACAAUAAUUCCCUAUGACUCGCACUAAUAAAAUAGCCGUUAGUAUUAUUUAGAGGCCACAACCUGACAGCGCCGGUUGUGUGGAAUUGGGUGCGCACGUGUCUGCACGCGCGCGCUCGUGUUUGGAUGCAAGGUUGUCAUCCGCAACCGCGCCUCCUCCCCCUACCUCCCACACCGUUGUGUGCCUGUGGAGUUCUAUCUGCUGUGACCGAGGAUGGCGGUGCACAGACGUAAGAUCAUAAUAGUUUCUAUUCGUCUUGGUUCAACCGAUGGCACUCCUCAAAAACAACACUAUUCCAGCAGUCACUCCUCUUUUCCUCGUGCACUAUAGCGAUUGUGAAACCCUCGAAUAAGUAAGACUACGACGUCGCCGCCUAACGCGCGUGCGCGUAUAUCGCUGCGUCGGCAUGCUGCGUUUUCUCAUGGUUACUUUAAUAGGUAAUUUUGGAUGGUAAUUCAAUCGGAGAAACAUGCAAAUAUUUUCGUCAUUGCUGCAAAUUGUGCGCAGAUUAUACAUGCUUGCCUGACCAGUUACAGGUCUGAUAAACACGCAUAAUGUGGAAUAUUUCGCAGUUUCCUUAACAGCUUUUCGUUUUCAAUUCUCUGUCGGCUAUAUAGGAGCCACAUGUCGCGUCGAAUAUGUUGAACGUUGCGGCUAAUUGAACGGAUAUUUAAACGCGAAAUUCAAAAGGACGUUGAUAUUGAAUGCGGACCGCGUAUUGUUGCGCUCAGAAAGCCAAUGUACGCAUAUCCCCGCCUGCGAUUACUCGGUUAAUUACGCGCCAUGUGUAUAUGCGUAGAAUAGCUGGGACGAACAUUUACUAGGCACGUUUACGGGAGGAGCUGGUGUAGUAGUGAGAUGAGAGUGAAAUCAUGUGAAUUCAUAUAGCACGUGGCAUUCCUAAGGAGAAUUUAAACAUGAAGCGACUUGAGAUAAAAUCAUGCUAUAUAUGUAUAUCUACCUCCUGCAGCUUUUCUCUGCUUGUGUGACAACUUCAUUAAUUUUAGCUGUCGAGCAUUUGUGUGUUAGUGUACAUCACGACGGGAAACAGCAUGUGCUGCACGUAUUCAUUGGUAAAUUGUUUCCGUGUAAUGAAUAAGUACUGUUUUUAUCACUGCCACACGAACGGUACAAUUGGAAUCGUUGCGCUAUUCAGUACUUUGUACUUCAGCAGCGUCUCACUCAAGUUCUGUGUUAAGGACCACAUAGCUAUUUAAGUAAUGCAGAUCGGUGUCCAAAAGAUGGCGCCAGGAGCGUAAGCCUCACUAUUACAUAGUGAUAAUGUAGGAUAGUGAUCUUCUAAAAUCUAAAUGUUUUAUAGCGGUUGCAGAAUGAUUGCCGUUUUGACAUUCAGACUAGAAUAUAAUGAGAGGUAAAGAUCUUUAAGAGUUCGAACGACAAAUAUUCUAUAUGAAGACGCGUAAAGAACAACUCGACUUGAAUAACAUCACUACGUGAUACAUUCACACUGUGUAUGCCGUAUUUAAAAAAACAUCUUUUACGCUUCUGGUUCAUUCUUAUGAUAAAUGUCUGUUUCCGCUAUAAUAUUAUUCAACUUGAAUUUAAUAAAAAUCGGUAGUAAUCGUUUCGUGUCUUAUAAUGUUCUGGUCUUCGAUAGCAGUUGUUAUGAAAGUUAAGUUAUUAUUUUUUCUCAUUUAUUGCUAUUGUACAGUCUGAUCAUAAUGCUGUAUAUAAACACGCUAUAUACAUUAAUAAAACUGUAUCAAUAUCAUUUCGUUAUGUUCA